AUGGCUGGUGGUUCUGUCGCAGUUGGAGUCGGUGAUGGCACCAGUGCUGGAUUGUCAGAAGUUCAGUCCUAUAUGGCCAACAAAUGCCCUGGAGUAACUAAUAUUACCAGCUGCUUCGUUGAUUGCAACGGGCCAUAUGAUAGUUCAUAUUGGAAUUGGAAGCAAUGCAGAGAACUUGGUGAUGCUCAUAGCACUUGGAUUGUGUGUGGUGAUACUAGCGUGUUGACU